AUGCUGUCUGCGUCUGUCUCACUUUCUCUCUCUACACAUUCACGCUCUCUCUCUCUCUCUCUCUCCCCACACAUGAAAAUUCUCUCUCUCUUUCUACACAUUUUUCUGAAAUGUCUGCCUGUCUCUCUCUUGAUUUCUAAAUAUUCCCCAGCCUCUCUCUCUCCAAACACAUUCUUUGCCUCUCUCUCUCUCAAACACAUUCAAACUGCCUUCUAUUUUCUGAUAUUUUCUCCUCUCUCUCUAAUAUUUACUUCCUAUUUUUACUCUGUGGUUUAUUUUGGCAAUUCUUUUUGUCUAUUUCUCCUGCCUUUUUAUGCUGAUGGAAAAGUUAGUGCUGGUCGACCAGACUCCACAGACUUAGAAGUUCAAAAAAUCCAGGCAGGUAGCCCUUGUCCAUCCUUAGCCGUGACAGAAGGUGAUUAUGGAGAAACAGCCAUUUGUACAUCCAGAUCAACUCUUGAAAGUGUGAUUCGAGGCAUUGGAGAAGUAGACAUUGAUCUUCCCCCAACGCCAACACAGACCCCACCAACUGCAGAUACCUGUCCUUACCUAUUAUUAGAUGUCAGAGAUAAAGAUGCUUAUAAUCAGUGCCACAUAAUUUCAGCUCUGAAUUACCCGACAGCAAUGCUGUCAAGAACAAAUAACAGUGAAAGAAAAGAAAUGCUUGCAUAUAAAAAUAAACCUGGUCGAAUAAUCCUAAUGUAUGACUACGAUGAAGAUAUGGCUCCUCGAGCAGCCUCCACCAUAGUGGAAAGGGGUUUCGACAAUUUGUUUAUGCUGUCAGGAGGUUUAAAGAUGGCAAUGAGGCUUUUUCCUGAAGGUCUUAUCACUGGGACACCACCACAGCCAUUGGGUGCAAAGAAAAAGACAGAGAAUAUAACAAUGGCAAGUCAGAUUGAUUUCUCUGAGAGGGACAUUGAACGUCUAAACAGUUAUUUGGACAAAGCACUUGAGGAUCAUAGCAUCGGAAGUCGUUUAUCAAAGGCUUCUUGCUCAAGUCGAUCUUCAUAUGAUUCCUGUCGUUCCAGAUCUACCCCUUCAUUACACAAUAAGCCUCCGUUCAGAGCAUAG